AUGCAAGGACUAUUGGGUAAAUUAACCACAUUACAAGUAGAUAAGGAUUUAUUACAACGUACGAAGAUUGGUGCCGCUGUCAAUAAAUUAAAAAAGCAUGAGGAUGAAAUUGUACGAGGAUAUAGUACGAGUCUGACGAAAAAGUGGAAGCAUCAAGUUGGCAUGGCAGCGACCAAGAGUGACGCACGUGAGAAACAACGCGUUGCAACGUAUUCACCGAUACAACAACCAAAUGGAGGCAAUCAAAAGAAGUUUGAGAGUGCAAGGAAAAAGUUACAGGAAGGACGAAGAGGAGCGACAGUAUCUACAGCACCAUCGAGGAGCUCUAUUGGAAGAGCGCAGUUAACGCAACGCCGUGCACUCUCGAGUACAAGCCAUCGAGCGGCAUCGGCACCACCAGUUUCUCGUCGACUGCUACCGUCAUUGAGCAGUCAGCUACAGAAAAGACGUCCUACCGCAUCUCGUGUCAAUAUGUCAGCUGAAGAGAAACACCGCCAGCGCCAGCUUAAAUACAGAGCGCUGUCUGGACAGGGAGGUUUUGAAUCAGGCUGUCGAGGGCCUGAGCGCGCUCGUAGUAGUUGCAGUGGCACGAGGGGUAGUGAAAGAUCGAAGUCCGUAUCGCGACCAUCCAGUGCUUCGUCAUUGAAAGGUGGCUCGGCACCAAGAGAUCUUCCAAUCGUAGUGGAUGCACGCAAGGCAAUGUUGGACAAAAUGUACCCGCGUGUGUGUGGUGUAGGAAAUACCUUGAAUAGCAGUACCUCGUCGAGUGGUGGUAAGAAAAGUCGACCAAGUACAGCAGCGAAAAGGAAGGAAACACACUACACUGAGGGACAGCGCGAAGUAAUAUCAUGGCUCAAGGGCUUGAGUGUAGACAUGAGCGAGUAUGCUCCAGCUUUUUUCGAGAACGGUUUUGACUCUGUGAAGUUGCUCAGCACAAUUGAAAAAUCAGACCUGCCGUCGCUGGUACCUAAGAAGGGUCACCACCGUUUGAUCCAACAGGCUUUGGAUGAGCUGUGGCACAAACACUCUACAUCCGCAGCUUUACAGCGACGGGAUCGUUUCCAAAAGGAAUCGCAUAGGCGACGUAGUGAUCCAUUUGAAGAGGAAGAUUCGGACGAUAGCUUUGUGGUUAGCGAUGAUGGUGAGUAUCGUCCGGGUCAUAUUGCCGCAAUGUUUCGCAAGAAUCGAAAGCGGCGAUAUUCGAUUGAUUCUGAGGAUUCAAUAAACAUGGAGGCUUCAUUCGACGAGAUACAGAAAGAAGAAAAGCGCAGUGCUUUGUACGGUGAAUACGAAGAUUUCAGAGAGGACUUGCGCAACAAGAAGAUGUUGAAAAAGAAAAAAGUGUAA